CCGUCUAACUCUGAGAGGAAAAAAUGGACGCCGGAGGAAAAAGCCAGGGCAAGGAAGGCAGCAGCAGAAUGGCGAAGAGCUGUGGAGAGACGCCUGUUGCAGGUUUUGCUGCUGAGAGCAGCAGUCAGUUAGUGCGGCCACUUGAGUCACAGCUUGUUGAUCCUGAGGAGGCAAAACUAGAAAGUGAGGUUCAGAAAGGAGGCCCUGUGCACGAGGAGGAGGAGGGCAUGAAGCAGUGCCAUUUGCCCACAGCCACAUCUGCAGAACAGCAAGUACCAUGGUUUGGCUUUGAGAAAGCUUGUACAUUUGUGAGCCAGAGUGGGAAAAAUGUUGUUGUACGAUGCAAUUACUGCCUUCCAAGGAUCAAAAAUCUGAGAUCAGCUGUUUCCUCCUCAUCCAAUGUGAAGAAACAUUUUGAGAGGGCACACCCUGAGAAGCUGAGAGCAAUUGAAGAAGCAAUAAAGGCAAGGAGACGUGGCCUUCCUGAACCAAUGCAUGACACGCCUCCUCCCAAAAUGCUGAAGCAGCAGCAGACAACCCUUGAGAGGUGGGGAUCUGGCAGGGAGCCUGCCACCCAGAGCAAUCUCGACAGGAGAAUCAUUGAUUUCAUUGUAGAGGAGACAUUACCACUUCAGACUGUGGACAAACCAUCAUUCAUUAAUCUGGUUCGCAUUGGAAUCCCCAAAGAUCUCACCAUCAUAUGUGCCAAGACUCUGAGAGACAGAAUUGAGAAGAGAGCAUGCCGCAUGAGAUAAACUCUUGCAAACCGAAUGGGUGCUGUAGCAUAUAUAGCAACCACUGCAGAUUGUUGAACCAAUGGCAAGAAGAGUUACUUUGGGGUAACAGCCCACUGGAUUAACCCAACUACCCUGAAAUGUGAGGUCGGGGCCUUGGCUUGUAAGCGUCUGAAGGGGCGCCAUACAUACAAUGUCCUUUCAAAAGCACUGCAUGAUGUAGUGCAGUACAGGAUCCACAACAAAGUUAUGUGCACUACUACAGACAGUGGCUCCAACUUUGUGAAAGCGUUCAGAGUUUUCAUGGCCAAAGAACCAGUGGAAGCUGCAGGCACCAGUGACGAUGAUGGUGAUAACCAGGAGGAGGAGGAGGCUGAGGUGGAGUCUGUGCCUAUCUGUGAGAUCCUGGACACAGGACCUGAGACAGAGGAAGAAGCUGCAGACUCAGGAGAGGAUUUUGUUUUACCACCACACCAGAGAUGUGCUAGCCAUACCCUCAACCUUGUGGCAACACAAGACAUAGAGGCCAUGCUUUCUGACUCCUCCAAAAGUAGUCUUCUUGGUCCUUUCAAGAAACAGUUUCGUUCCUUGAUGGGAAAGUGCAGCAAGUUGUGGUCCAAGCAGAACCAGUCAGCCCAGAUUGCUGAGUAUAUCCAUGUGCAAUGUGGUGUGUAUCUGAAGGUACCGAAUAAGACCAGGUGGAAUUCCACCUUUGAUGCGUUGAAGCAACUACAUGAGCUCCUGUCAACUGUGCCACUAAAAACGCAUGCCAUAAUGGACCACUGCUCCUUGUCCAGGAUCACAGCUGCUGAGAUUGAAGUGGUACAGGAAUACACAGAGAUUAUGGAGCCACUAGCCCAGUCCCUAGAUAUCCUGCAACGGGAGAACGGCAUGUUCAUGGGGUAUUUGCUACCAACGCUCUGCAAUCUGGACCGCAAGUUAGAAGGACUGGAAAACAAACCUGAGAGGUACACAUACUGUUUUCAGCUGCUGAGAGGUGUGCGCGAAGCCCUAAGAAAGCGGUUUGCAGCUAUCUGGGAGGACAAGAAGCUUCUUCUGGCAGCCUGCCUACACCCUCGCUUCAAACUAGAUUGGCUAGAAUCGUGUCAGGCCACCACCCAUACCAACAAAUACACAAUGGAAGCCUUGCUGAAAGCUGAAAUAAAGAUGGGUGUACUUAAUGAGGACAGUGAUCAGUCUUCAGAUAAAGACCAGGAAGGAGAUGACUUAGAAGAUGACUUCUUUAACUUUCUGCCCCAGGGCAAGAAGUCAGCAGUGGACACUGCUGAGGAGGAACUGGUGAGGUACCUGAGGUCUCCCAGCAGGGAAGUGUCAUCACUCCAUGGCUUUCCACGUGUGCUGCGGUGUUUUUUGCAGCACAACACAGGCAUGCCUUCAAGCGCCGCAGUAGAACGCCUGUUCAGUACUGGUGGCAAUGUAAUGACUGUAAAAAGACAUUCCUUGUCUGACAUGCUCUUUGAGCAUCUUGUUCUUUUGAGACAUAACAGAAACAUAUUAUAAAAGCAUUUCAAGUGUAAAAUUUGAUUUCAAGAGUUGGGGUAUCUUCAUUGCUUGGGGGGAUGUGAGAUUCUGUUAUAUCAUUAUGUUAAUCUUAAGGAUAAUUUUUUUAUUCUACUACCCCCUGUGUGUGUGUGUUUAUUUUUAAUAUUGUUUUAGGCUUCUUAGAUGUGCAGCAGCCAAGGCUAGCACCUUGUAGGAGUUUUUUUAAAAAAGUAACUGAAAUGUAAUUGUAGUGAUUACUUUUGAGAAAAAGUAAAGUAAUCAGUUACUUUCAGAGCAAUUGUAAUUGUAAUGGUAAUUGCUACUUUUUGGGCCAAGUAAUUGUAACUGUAAUUUAUUACUUUUUAAAAGUAAUCUUCCAAGCUCUGGUUCUAGGGCAUAAUCAUUUAGGGGUAUCUAGCUGGUAUAGCACAAUGGGGAGGAGAGCCUGGCUGGGAAUCCAGAGUUUGUGAGUUCAAAUCCCCGCUCGUGUCUCCUGGUGUAAAGGGCCAGCUAAAGAUCACCCCCACAGUGAGUGGCUCAGGGGUUACAUGCCCUGCCACCUGUGCAGCUGUGGGCAAGCUGCAUAGUCCCAAGGAGCCCAGUUGCCCUCCAGCUGGCAGUUGCAGACAAGGAAGGGGCUGGUUUGUGCAGCUGUGGCAAGCUGAGCAGGCCCUAGCCAGCUGGGGAGGACUAGCCUCAGAGGGAGGCCAUGGUAAACCCCCUCUGAAUGCCGCUUACCAUGAAAACCCUAUUCAUAGGGUAGCCAUACGUCAGGAUCGACUUGAAGGCAGACCAUUUCCAUUUCCAGAAAUUAUACCUCUCAGUCAUGACUGGAACACAUAUGUAGCCAGUCUCUGUGAGGGUAGCUGAAGUCACCCAUGUCAAAGAUUGCCCCCCUGGGGUCCCUUGACCUCAGUACCCCAAGGGGGUUCUUUGCUUCCGAGAACAGUCCCAACUCCCUUGGGUCUCUGCUUCUCAGGCAAACUCUCCCUCCUUCAGGAUUAGUUUCAUGGUAGAACUGCCACCACCCCUCUUUCUUAGCUCCUUUCUCUGAGAAAGGGGACCUUGGAGAGCUAACUGAGUUCCUAGAGCAGACCUAUUGUUAUACCCUCUGCUCUAGGGCAUUAACCCACACUAAUUAACAGUAAUCAGUAGUGUCCAGCAAAGACUGGAUUUAGAAUCAUUCACUCCAAGCAAUACACACCAUUUAUAAAAGGGAAGUUUAUUUAAAAGAAAAGGAAAGUAUAUAUAAAAAGAGAGCAGCAUUUUCCUUAAAGAUAAUCACCCCCAGCUGGGCUACAUGAGAUACAUUGGAAUAACAAAGGUGAGAGAUUCAAUACAGAACAAAGAACAUGACAAAAGCUUUCUAGCCUAAGAUUUCCUACUCACAGUAUAGUAGCCUGGUUCCCAAUGGCUUUCCCUGGAGUUCUUAGAUGAGUCAAGGUAGAUGGUAAUAGGGAACAACAACUGAAGGAUCAUCCUUCAUUUUUAUGGAGUUUGGCAGUCAACAGGGAGGGGGGGCAAUUAGCCACCCUAAGCACCCCUUCCGUGACCACCUCCUUUGAAGAUAAGGGGGCUAGACAGUCCUACCCAGGGGUCCUGAUGUGCAAUACCCCCUUUUUCUGACUUUUGAUCUCAGGAGGCAAAUAAGAGAACAGAUAAGGUUCAGUUGCAUCUUCUUGACUUUUGCAAAUUGCCUGUCUGGCACUGAGCUGUGGAUCUUGCUCAGCAGGGUGUCCCAGGGAUCCACAAGGCUCCCAGAAUUCUCUCUGGUUAAACCAUUUUAGCUUGACCAAAGUUAGCUAUUCUUGACAUGCCCCCUUUUUGGGAAGAUGGAAUCUGUGAGCAGCGCUCACAAUUCCAUCUUGGUGAGACUCUUAGAAUAGCUACAAAAGCAGUAUCAUGCAUAACAGUACCGUUACAAAGCUGUUUACAUACACAAGUACAAAACCAUCAGUCAUCAGAAGUAAAAGCACGGGACAGACCAUCUGCAAUGAUAUUCUUUUUACCCUGGAUAUGUUUGAUAGAAAAAUUGAAAUCCUGCAAGGCUAAACUCCAACGUAAAAGUUUCUGGUUGGAGUUCUUCACUCUCGAAAGCCAACAAAGGGGAGAAUGGUCGGUCUGUAGCGCCUUCUCCACAAAUAUGGGUGAAGUUUGUGUAAUGCCCACCUAUGGUCAAACAUUCCUUUUCAAUCGAAUAAAUCGAUCUAGGGCCUUUCCGAAUUGUGGAAUAGCCUCCCCGAAUAAAUACGCCUGGCGCCGACGCUUCUAUCUUUUCGGCGCCAGGUUAAGACCAGGCUAUGCUCCCAGGCAUUUUAAUGCGUUUAAUGUUACAAUUUUAAAUCUCUUUGUUUCAGUUUAUUUAUUGUGAUAUUUUGUAGUUCUGUACUUUUAAUCUUUUGUACACCG